UACUUUUUAAUAUAUUUAUAUUUUUUAUAUAGCUUAUAAUAUGCCCCAUCGAAUUGGUAAAGUCAACAAUAUCGAGAAAUUCGAUUCAGAAUUUUUCAAUAUAUCCGCAACAGAAGCUUAUAUAAUGGAUCCUAUGAUUAGAAUGUUACUCGAGCAUACUUACGAAGCAAUUAUCGAUGCGGGCGUAAACCCGAAAGAAUUACAGGGAACAAGAACGAAUGUUUUUACAGCAAUUUCUGCGUUUGAGACUCAAGGGCAUUUUUCCUGUACAUCUCAGUUUGCUGGAUUACCUAUGACUGCAUGCAACGUUUCUCUCAUGGCAAACCAAAUUUCUUACUGGCUCGGCGUUAUUGGAAAGUCGCAUAAUAUUGAUACUGCAUGUAGUUCAAGUAACGUUGCUAUAGUGAAAGCUUACGAGCUGAUUCAGUCCGGAGAGUGCGACGCGGCCAUUAUCGCUUCCGCCAAUCUAUGUCUCAAUCCUUAUGUACAAUUUCAAUUUUACCAUCUAGGGGUUCUAUCUUCUGAUGGUUAUUGUAAACCCUUUGACGAGGAAGGCACCGGAUAUAUGCGUAGCGAUACGGCCGCAGUAGUAUAUCUGCAAAAGGCAAAAAAUGCAAGAAGAAUAUAUGCAACCCUCGUACACGGUAAAGUAAAUA